GCUUGCCUGUGGUGCGAAGAUGGCGGCGUGCAGACACUCCCGGCCCCCGCCGCUCGCUCCGCUGCUGUUGACGUGCGUGUGUCUCUGCGGUUUCGCCUCCGUCCUCGGCUCGAAAGCCGCCGGAGUCCCGCCGGAGCUUCCCGAUCCGCCCGGCCUCAGAGCCGCGGACCCCCCGGGGAAGGAUGCACCUGCUCCCGCCGCCGCCGCCGCCGCCGCCGCUGCGGUCGUCGGGGCCUCUCAGCCUCGAAGGGCGAGCGGCUGGAAGCUGUCGGAGGAGGCGGCCUGCAGGGAGGACAUGUCCCGCUUCUGUCCCAAGCACACCUGGACCAACAACCUGGCCGUGCUGGAGUGCCUGCAGGACCGCAGAGAGGAAUCUGAGAUCGCUCCUGACUGUAACCACCUGCUGUGGAACUAUAAACUCAACCUGACCACGGAUCCAAAGUUUGAGUCGGUGGCCACGGAGGUCUGCAAGAGCACCAUCGCUGAGAUAAAGGAGUGCAACGAGGAGGAGCGGGGGAGGGGCUACCUGGUGUCCUGCCUGGUGGACCACCGCGCCAACGUCAGCGAUUACCAGUGCAACCAGUACGUCACCAAGAUGACCAGCAUCGUCUUCAGCGACUACCGGCUCAUCUGUGGCUUCAUGGACAAGUGCAGAGACGACAUCAACAGGCUGCGCUGCGGCAGCGUCAACGUGGGACACAAGGACGUCCACUCGCAGGGGGAGGUCAUCUCCUGUCUGGAGAAGGCGCUGGUGAAGGAGGCGGAGCAGCAGGAUCGCUCUCGUCCAAUCAGGGAGGAGUGUCAGAGGGCCAUCCUGCGGGUGGCCGAGCUGUCGUCAGACGACUUUCACCUCGACCGACAUCUCUACUUCUCCUGCAGAGACGACCGCGAGAGGUUCUGCCAGAACACUCAGGCCGGAGAAGGAAAAGUCUACAAGUGUUUGUUCAAUCACAAGUUCGAGGAGGCCAUGUCAGAGAAGUGCCGCGACGCUCUGACCACCCGUCAGAAGCUCAUCUCCCAGGACUACAGAGUCAGUUACUCGCUGGCCAAAGCCUGCAAGACGGACCUGAGGAAGCAGCGCUGCAGCCUGGACACCAACCUGCCGCGCGCCCGCGAGGCCCGGCUGUCCUACCUGCUGCUGUGCCUGGAGGCCGCCGUGCACCGCGGUCGCCCGGUCAGCGGCGAGUGUCAGGGCGAGAUGCUGGACUACAGGCGGAUGCUGAUGGAGGACUUCUCCCUGAGUCCGGAGAUCGUGCUGCACUGCCGCGCGGAGAUCGAGGGCCACUGCUCGGGCCUCCACCGCAAGGGCCGCACGCUGCACUGCCUGAUGAGGAUCGGACGCGGCGACCGCAGCGCCGCCGUGGACAGCGUCUGCCAGAGCGCCCUUCAGACUUUGAUCCAAUCCGUCGACCCCGGAGCCGACUACCGGAUCGACCGGGCCCUCAACGAGGCCUGCGAGUCCGUCAUCCAGACCGCCUGCAAGCACAUCCACAACGGAGACCCCAUGAUCCUGUCGUGCCUGAUGGAGCACCUGUACACGGAGAAGAUGGUGGAGGACUGUGAACACCGGCUGUUGGAGCUGCAGUAUUUCAUUUCCAGAGACUGGAAACUGGACCCCGUCCUGUACAGGAAGUGUCAGGGCGACGCCGCCCGGCUCUGCCACACGCACGGCUGGAACGAGACCAGCGAGCUGAUGCCGCCGGGCGCCGUCUUCUCCUGCCUGUACCGCCACGCCUACCGCAGCGAGGAGCAGGGCCGCCGGUUAUCUCGGGACUGUAAGGUAGAGGUUCAGAGGAUUCUCCACCAGAGGGCGCUGGAUGUGAAGUUGGACCCAAAGCUGCAGAAACUCUGCAUGACCGACCUCGGGAAGUGGUGCAGCGAGAAGACGGAUGCUGGACAGGAGCUCGAGUGUCUCCAGGAUCACCUGGAGGACCUGGUCUCCGCCUGCAGGGAGGUUGUGGGCAACCUGACCGAGCUGGAGUCAGAGGAUAUCCAGAUCGACGCUCUGCUCAUCCGAGCCUGUGAAGCCGUCACUCAGGCCCACUGCCAUGACGUAGCAGACAUCCAGAUCGAUACCGGGGACCUGAUGGAGUGUUUGGUUCAGAACAAACACCAGAAGGAGAUGAACGACAAGUGUUCGGUCGGCGUCACGCACUUCCAGCUGGUCCAGAUGAAGGACUUCCGCUUCUCCUACAAGUUCAAGAUGGCCUGCAAGGAGGACGUUCUCCGUCUGUGCCCAAACAUCAAGAAAAAGGUGGACGUGGUCAUCUGCCUCAGCACCACGGUGAAGAACGACACGCUGCAGGAGGUCAGAGAGCAGCGCGUCUCACUGAAGUGCCGUAAACAGCUGCGGGUGGAGGAGCUGGAGAUGGUACCACGCGCACACACACGCACACACACACACACACACACACACACACAAUCUUCCUCUUCCUACUCCUUUACUCCUGAUCAACCUCCUCCUCUUCGUCCUUUUGUCCCUCCACCUUCUCUUCUUCCCCACCCCCAGAUGAUCGAGUGUCUGAAGGAGCAGAAGAAGCAGCUCAGCCAGCGCUGCCAUCAGAGGAUCUUCAGGCUUCAGGAGGUGGAGAUGACCGACCCCGAGCUCGACUACCAGCUGAUGAGAGUCUGCAAGCAGAUGAUCAAGCGUUUCUGCACCGACGCCGACGCCAGGAGCCUCCUGCAGUGCCUGAAGCAGAACAAGAACAGCGAGCUGAUGGACCCAAAGUGCAAGCAGAUGAUCACCAAGAGGCAGAUCACCCAGAACACGGACUACAGGUUGAACCCAGUGUUGAGGAAAGCGUGUCGAGCCGACAUCCCAAAGUUCUGCCAGUCGAUCCUGAACAAAGUGACGGAGGAGAGUGAGCUGGAGGGUCAGGUGAUCGGCUGCCUGAAGCUCAAGUACGCCGACCAGAGGUUGUCUCCAGACUGCGAGGACCAGAUCAGAGUGAUCCUCCAGGAGUCGGCGCUGGAUUACAGACUAGACCCUCAGCUGCAGGUGCACUGCACAGAUGAGAUCUCCAGGUUGUGUGCGGAGGAGGCGGCGGCUCAGGAGCAGACCGGUCAGGUGGAGGAAUGUCUGAAAGUCAACCUGCUGAAAAUCAAACAGGAAGCCUGUAAAAAGGAGGUCCUGAACAUGCUGAAGGAGAGCAAGGCGGACAUCUUUGUGGACCCGGUGCUGCACACGGCGUGCGCUCUGGACCUCAAGCACCACUGCGCCGCCAUCACGCCGGGCAGAGGAAGACAGAUGUCGUGUCUGAUGGAGGCGCUGCAGGACAAGAGGGUUCGUCUGCAGCCGGAGUGCAAGAAAAGACUUCAAGACCGCAUCGACAUGUGGAGCUACGCCGCAAAGGUGGCGCCGGCGGAGGGCUUCUCGGACCUGGCCGUGCAGGUGAUGACGUCGCCGUCCAAGAACUACAUCCUGCUGAUGAUCGCGCUGAGCGUGUGCGUGCUCUUCCUGGUGGGGCUGCUGUGCGGUCGCAUCACCAAGCAAGUGACGAGAGAACUGAAGGACCGGUAGAAGACGAGAGACGUGACUCCUCCCACCUCGCUCUGACUCCUCCCCCGUCCUUCUCUGCAAACCGGCUGUCCUGCACAGCGCCAACGCCAGCGACCACAUCUGGAACUCCGCAAUUUAUUCUACCGCAGCUGAAAAUUUGCAUCAAAUGCAAAACAGAAAAAAUAAAACAAAAAUCCUCAUUGGGGCGCAAACUGAUCUUUUUAUUUGAAAUGAGUGUUUUUUCCUUCCGAAGGAUGUUUUGAGCCGUUGGAUUGGAUCUUUUGAGCGCUGUUCAUGAGACUGAGGUCAUGUUUUUUCCCGUGUUCCUGCCUGAUAUUUAACUGAAGACUGGAGCAUGAAGAGCAACAGGAAGUCGCCGAGGGAAACUCAAACUUUCGGGGUUUAUAUCUUUGUGACGUGCUUGUUAAACCUUUUUUUUUUUUUUCCUCGUCGAUCACAAAGUCCCAUCCUCGUUCCAGCCGUCCACGCCCCCCCCCGACAUAAUCCGUCAUGUGACAGAAACUCUUACAUCCAAACCGCUGGUUUUCUCUGUGUAAGUUAUUUUAUUUUGAAGUGCUGAAGGUCAUGCUGUUGCUAACAGUGUUAGCUUGUGAAGUUUCAUUCCCCCGACUAAAACUCAAAAAGGGCUCUUACACUCCCGCAUGAGCACAAAUGGUGAAUCAACUAAAUGAAUCAAAACCAGUCUGAAAUUAGCAUAUUUUAAUUUUGAAAGUUUUGUCUACACAGAAAGAGAGAAAACACCACAACACAACUGCAUGCUGGGUACGAGCGAUACGGGAGGAACGACGAGAGGAGCUGUGUCUGUUUGGAGGGUUUUUGGCCACAUCAGCCACGGCAACAAGCUAACAAGCUAACUCGCCGGCCUGUUGCGAGCAAGUUGGCCAGCGAGCGGCGAACAGCUGUUCGGGUAGCCUCGGUCCUUUCCGGGAUCAAUUAAUUAAUUACUUGAAAAGGCAAUACCGUGAUAUACCGCCAGAAUCGUUAAUACCGUGCAGCCUCACUGUUUACUUUGGACAGUCAUGCUAGUGCUUUCCAGUGCUAUGCUAAGCUAAGCUAAGCUAAUGGCGUCCUUGACACCAGCUGCUGCCUCCAAAAAUAAAUGUAAAACGGCUGGAAACAGUUUGGGCUGCAGUUCUUUGGCGUCAUGGUCUGCAAUCAGAUAUAUAUGUCACAUACAUGUCAUACAUUCAAUUAAACAGAUGUGACCCACGUGAGCAGAAACAUCUGUACUGGGUGACUUUAACCAGGCCAAACAGACUUUACAGUUACAUUACUUUGCUGUUAGAAAAGCGCCACAAAUAGUUAAAUCAAGGAACAAAGGAAAGUCACAAAGAAUAAAACCUGGAUACAAGAUGUUUGUUUUUUGCGUUAUUUGACGGACUUUUGACAUAAGCAUGUUUUUUCUCUUGCAGGCAAAUUACUUGAUAGUAAAGAAGUGCCAACAUUGUUAUUUUUUGCUUGAAUAUUUAAUUUUGCACUUUAACCCGUGUCACAUCCGCGUUGUGGUGACACCACACGGAUCCCCGUCUUCGUUUGUAAAAAAAAAAGAAACCCCAGCUUUUGUUUUUAUUAAACAUUUCACAGCUUUUUAGUUAAAAUAAUAUGUGAAUGACUUAAAACUUGAGUUAAACAGAUGAAAAAUGUAAAUAAACCUGAUGUUUUCUGCUCAUUUACAAACGUUAACGGAACUGAAUUAUUGGUGAAAAUCUGAGAGCUGACAGGAAACAAAGAUGGCCGCCUUCAUUAACAGUAGUGCGCUUUUCUUUUUAAAUUAUCAUGUGAAACGACGACGUAAGAGAUUUAUCAUUGUGAAGUUUGAUUUUGCUGUACAGAUAUAAAUUUGUUAAUUUAAUAAAACUGUCUGCUGAUUUUUUGUA